CGUUUCCGAAAAAGAUGCAGGCGAUCACCUCUCUGUUCACCGUCAAGCCGGUCACCCGCCGGCCCAAGGUCGCCAAGCGCGGCUCCCUCCAGGUCGUCGCCCACGGCGGCGUGGGCGGAUCCGGCGGGACCCAGUACCCCGGCAAGGACAAGCCGUACGGCUCCGACCAGGCGCCCUGGAAAAAGAAGCUCAUCCUCCACGACGACGACCAGGCUGACCCCGAGGCCAACCAGCGCAGCGGUCAGCGCUGGACCCCGCCACCCCCCAAGCAGGAGUCCUUCGCCGCCGCCGCUCCCGCGCAGUCCACAUCCUCCUGGGACUCCCCAUCCUCGGGAUCCGGGGGUUCCUCCAACGCCUACAGCUGGGACUCCGGCGGUUCCUCCUCCUAUUCCUCGGCGGGCUCUGCCAAGGGCCGACCCACGCACUACGACCCCGACCAGUACGACCCCGACGCCAACCAGCGCGGCUACAUGGGCGGCGGCGGCGGCGGCGGCUACUCUGCCCCCAAGCCCAGCUACGGGGGAUCCACCGGCGGCGGCUACGCGGCGGCCAAGCCGCAGAGGGUCACGCGCGGCUCGGACGGCGUGACCUACGACCCGGAUCAGUACGAUCCCGACGCGAACCAGAGGUCCAGGUGAGCGACUCGUCGAUUCAGGGGUCGCGGUAAGCCCGGGGUGCUGCUUCAGGGCGAAUGAGGUUCAAGACGUGGCAACCCUUAUCCCGCGAGUGUGUCAUCAGUGUUAGCGCGUUUUUGUGUUAUGUUAUCGAAACGUCGGUUUGCG